UUCAGUGCAGAGACCAUUACCUUGGGGAGGUAACUGAUCUCAGAGGGAGAAGGCCUUGGAGGACGCUGCGCCCGGCGCUGCGUUGAGGACACAACACGCAGCCACCUGCCCGCGGCGGGGGAGAAAAGCAGUUUGGGCGGCGCGUUCCCGGGGCCCAAACCCAGCUUGCACAGGCGGAGGAGACGGCGGAACCUUUUUCCUGCGCCUCUCGCUCGUGUCUGCCCGGCUCCACUUCGACGUCGAACACAGUAGGCGAAACUGAAACAUGGAGGCGGCGGGCGCUGCGGCUGGGGAGUCGUCUUCCCGGCUGGAUACUCCGGGACCCACCGACGACCGGCUGUUCCUGGUUAAAGGUGUGGUGAGGUGGAAUUUUCCUGGUACUGUUGCUGCAGCGGGAAUGCUAGCUGGAUUUGUUACAACAUUAUCAUUGGAAAAGAAAAGCCCUGAAUGGUUCAAUAAGGGAAGUAUAGCCACAGCAGCCUUACCAGAGAGUGGGUCUUCCCUCGCCUUGCGAGCACUGGGCUGGGGCUCACUUUAUGCCUGGUGUGGAGUUGGUGUGAUCGGCUUUGCAGUCUGGAAAGCUUUAGGAGUUCACAGCGUGAAAGACUUUCGAAGUAAAAUGCAAUUGAUAUUUCCAACAAUUCCCAAGAACUCUGAAUCGACAGUUGAGUGGGAGGAAGCAUUGAAAUCCAAAUGAGAUGAGCAUGGAUAAAUUCUAAAAUGACCCCACACCAGCAAAGGGCCUCAGCUGGAUUUCUCCUCAGGAACAUGUGCAGACCGUUGGCUGAACUCUGGAAUGUACAGCUUCCAGCCUUCUCCUCAGGGGCCCUGAUGACCCACAGUCAUUCUGUUUGUUUUACUUUAAAAUUGACUUGGCCAGGGUGUGUGUGUAUGUGUGCGCACACGUGCAUGUUGGGGUUAAGGAGGUAAAGUUUUUGCAGAGUUAGGAAGACUAUUUAAAAAUAACAGUUAUAGGGACAACUGCCCUCUUUGGGGUAGCUGCCAGGGGAAAAACUUUUGUUUAUGUCUAUAACCUUUGAAACCAACUUUCCUACCUGAAAGAAAAACAAACAAACAAACAUUAAUAAAUGUAGGAUAGAAAAUCAACCCAAGCAGAUCCUAAGAGCAGUAGUACCUCAAUAUGUCUAAUUAAAUGAGUUUUGAGAGCCUUUCUUGUCCUUAUGUGAGUGUCAGAAUUAGGAGGGCUUUUUCCAUUAGCCAGACUGCAUAGAGACAGGUUCCUGGGCCAAUCCAUGUCAGGAAGGAGGUGUGACCCUGUUAUCUGACCACAGUGGAGUCACGUGCCAAUUACAGUCCUCAAGGACUUCCCUUAAGGUCCUAUCAGGUUCUUCUGCUUAGGACCAAAAGCCAGUAACAGAUCAUGAUAACUUGAAAAGGUACAGUUGGAACUAAAAAAUGAUAAUGAUUCCUGAACACUGACAAUUUGUAGUUUGGCCUCAGUUGUCCAAGUAAAAAUAGCCCAGUUGCCACCUAUCUGAACACUUUUAACCAGGAAGUCACCUCAGUACUGAGUCUUAAGUAUUCAUUAUUUAGUACCACCUCCCUGAUAAAACUGCUACUAGUAAUUUCUUACAUAAACCCAACCCUUUCCUGUCCUCCAUGUGCUCUGGCAAAAAAACACAAACAAAAUGGAAGAUAGUAUCUACAUGAAUUUAUUUUUUUUGGAGAUUAACAAAUUUUAAAGAAGAGAGAUACUUUAUUAUGUCAAUAUGUACAGAGAAAUAACCUCUUGAAUAUUAAUUAUGUAAGUUAUAAUUGCUGUGGCUUUAAUUAGUCAGCAAUCAGGUUUAAUAAAGUACAUUUGAAAUUAAUUUGUUACAAUGAAACCUUUUAGUUCUAAGGAAAAAUUUUAAAUGAAAUGUCAAAUGCAUAAUGUAACAUUUUUCUCUAGACCAUGUUACCUUGUUAAAAUUGCUGUAUUGUGAGUUGAACAGGUGUAAUAAGCGUCUGGGAUUCAUAUGUAACCUGUUAAAAAUUCAAGACUAAGAGAAAAGUAUUGUGAAAUUUCUCAAGAUAUGUGGAAUAUUUGGCAAAGAACUCUUCACCCAUCUUUCUUGUUCAGCUAGAUCUUCACUAAGAAAAGGCAGGACCCAAAGUGAGUGGGUGUUUUGUCCACAUGAUUAGUCUGAGUCCAGGUUUCCCUUAGUAGAUGGCAAGGGCACCAUCUAAAACUAAAGCUAGAAUUCAGAUUUUUCUUUUUCUUGAAUGGAGGAUGCCUAUUGUUUUUCAAAAGAUUUCCCCUGGGUAGGAGAAGAUGAGAAUUUGUAGCUAAUCUGGAAUUAUAAGAGAAGAAAUAAUUAUUAACUAAGUCUAUUUAACAGAUCCUCGCCUUGUAAGCUCCUUGAGGGCAGGGACUCCUCUUGGGCCUUGCAAACUGCAGGGGCUGCUAUCUGCUAGCUGGGAAGGACAAAGAGGGCAGCAUGUGUGGGAACAACAGCAUGGAAUUAGGACACAUAACAGGCAAACAAACUAAUAAAAACCAAAGACGAUGCCAGCCACCUCUGAAAGACUUUCCUUGGAGUUCAGCGAUGACCUGGCUGCCACUCCUGGACAAAGCCAAGUCCCUCCCUUAGCUACAUGAUGGGCUUGGCCAGAAGGCAAGAGCAGGGUAACACCAAAACGUCCGUGGUUAUUAACUUGACUUCAGCACAUUACCAUGUUUUUUAGGGAAGAGAAAACAUAACAAAUACUCUUUUACAGCAAAUUAAGUCAUUUCUGACUAUUUGGCUAUAUGUAUUUUAUUUCCAUUUUCAAAGUUUCUGUUUGAACCUAAAAGAGCAGGGGAAAAACGGGCACCAGUCAAUGAACACCGCAAGGGCAAGGGCAGCUGUGCAAAAAGGAGAUGAUAAUCAGCGUGAAGCUCGACAGCAGUGGCAGUCGUGAUCAGCCCUGCUCUGCCACACCUCUGCCACACCUCUGCCAUGGGAAGUGUGCCCUGUAGGCCUGGGUGAACGAGUCCUGAAGGAGUAGAUGUCUGAGUAGGUAUUUGCGCAGCACACUGAAUGUUUACAAAACCCUCUCUGUAUGUGUUAGUUCUGUUGUCCUUGGUUGGCAGAACCAGUCCCAGGACCCUGGAAUAGGUACUCAGCAUAGUCUUCAACUGGACUUUAAAAGCAAAGAUGAAGAAACUACAAUGACAAUAAAAAAACAAUGCAAGCAAUAUGACUAAAAUAGUAGUUUUCUACAGUCAGAAUUCAGAUGUCGGAAGAUUUAGUCAUUUGUCUACUCCUUCUAUACCAGAGGCAUAUUGUUAAAUUGGUUAAUGGAAAGGAAAAAUGUUUAACAGAUAAUGUUAUUCUUUAUGUGCAUUACCAUCUGUGUAUUGAGUUCUGAAUGUUCUGAAUGUUGAGUUCUGGAUAUGGAAGAGAGGAAAUGUUAUGGAAUUUCAAGUUUGCCUUCUUUGCUGUCUUUAUCUUGGGUAGAGUAUGACAAACAUAAUCACAUUUAUCUCCUGGAGCAUAAAGAGUCUUAAUCACCCUAUUAACCAGGAUGACAUUUUUCACAGACUUAAAAAGGAAUAGAAUAGACAUUAUCUCCCCAUAAGCAAUCCAUUUCAUGGAGGCUGAGCACUAGAAAAUUUUUAAAGGAUGGGUAACAAGCCAUCUCCAUUUCCUGUCUAAGCCCACACAAAGGAGGCUUUUAGUACAGAGGUUGCCGCUUACACUGGUGGAGUGUUAAACUUUAUGCUGGGAACCUCAUGGCCUAAAAGCAGUGUAGACAAAACAUGGUGGGCAGGGAGGGAGGCUUCUAUGGCCUCAGGGUUCACUCAAGACAAAACACAUAUUCUGGUGAGUUACUGAUGCUUGGGAAAAAUGUAUCCAUGACUGCUGUUAUUUUCAGAAUAAAGAAAACAUGGUUUCUGAACAACCUGGGAAAGAAACACAGAGCAUGGGAAUGGUCUCGCAAGGUCCCUAACAGCCUGUAACUAGAAGAAACCUGGGUUGUAAUGAAAUGGAGGGAGAGAGCUGCAGCUGAGGCCAGCCAAGCUGCGAGUGGCCCUGGGUAAUUUCACCCCAGCGUGCCGACAGCCCCUGACGUGGACUGGAAAGCUCUCCUUAGCCUGCCUAAUCACCUCCUCACCGGUCACAACUUUUGUUUAGUUUCGUGUUUAGUGUGGGACUAACCUUGCAAAUUAAUCCUGGUAACCUAAGGGGAAAAUAUAAGAAAUUAAAAAGAAAAAAAAAAAAAAAA